GCCUAAGCGGCUUGUUAGGAAAUGCCGCGUCCCCGCUUGCUCUUCGAAGUCCAGGCAAGAACAACGCAGCAGCCUCGACUCCUGGCGAUCCCACGAAAGACCCUAUCGCCUUGGUCAAGCUUCCGCGCCUAGAGGGCAUCCGUUUUUACGUAGCAGAGCUGCGGCCCAAGGGUAAUAUGACAGUCCUCGACGCCGCUUCACCAGCGCGAUCGUCUCCGAUAAAGUCUCCAGGAAAAUCUUCCCUGAAACUUCUUGGUGUGCCAGAUGAGGUUGCUGAACAGGAGUCUGUCGGAGCAUCUACAGCUUUGAAGAUGUUGCCUCCACCGCCUCAAGAGCAAGAAGAAACCACCAGUGCCGUAGGACCGGACCCAGCGGAGAGUGUAAAUGUAGCAGUAGCUGCGCAGGAUAAUCAAGAGGAUGACCUGUUGGCUAGUGAUAACGAGAACGAAGGACCGCCGGCAAAGAAGAUGAAGCGUGGCAGACCGAUGAAGGUGGUAGAACCUAAGGCCAAAGGGAAAGCGGCAGCGAAGAUGAAGAGCAAGGGCAGUAAAAAAGCGCAGGAGAAAGAAGCCACUACAGCGACGGAGGAACGACUUUUGCCAGCUGAGGGCGACGAGGCCAGCGUCGGGAAAGAGAAGACCGCAACAACUAAAAAGAUGGCCGCUAAGGCGAAGGCAAAAGCAGCUUCUUCUUUUACAACCUCUAAACAACUGAUCGCUACUGCGCAAACGAGCACACUCACAGUAACCAGCGCCAGCACUAGCAGAGCCGUACUGGCCGCGCCACCUCGCAUUCCUGGGCCUUGCAACGUGAUCUAUUGCCCGGAGCUGCAGCAUUACAGAGUGCGCGAGGAUCAAAAUGCGGACACGCUCCGAGGCCUCUGCAGCGGCCUGCUGAUGGCGCCGCCAAAGACCUCAAGCACGGGCACAGCGUCAGCAACGUCGUACAGCGAC